CCCUGGUCUCACUGAAGACAUGAUCCAGCUUCUCAGGGCCAAUGGCAUCAGAACGGGUCCUCCUGGGUGGAUACUGUGAGUAAGGACUUAUUCAAAGGAGCAGGAGAGUGUAAGGACAUGGUAAGAGAUGCCUGCAGAGGCUCAUUGAGGAUUGAUCAAUUUUGGCUUUUUUGUGGUAUUUCAGGAGGGUUUAUGCAGUUUUCCCUCUGAAAAAUGCCCGACUUCUUGGAAUGCUGUACCCUGGGCACCUCCUGCCCUUAGAGGGGAAGGAAAAGGUGCUGGGCAGCUCUUGAGCAGCUCUUGAGCUCUUGAGGGAAAAUUUUUACCAGCUUCUCUCUCUGCUCUGUUUUGCAAGAAACAAUUUGUUCUGUGAUGAGUGAUGGGGCCAUCUCAGAGGACAAACUCCUCCACUCACAGUGUUGACAGAGGGCACAGCCACUUUGCUUUGGUGGACUUUGUGUCGUCAGACCUGGAGGAUGUUGCCCAAAAGUGUUCCCUGUCUUACAAGGCGCUGGUCGCAGUCAGACGUGUGCUCCUGGCCCAGUUCUCUGCCUUCCCUGCCAACGGAGCAGACCUCUACGAGGAGCUCAAGAGUUCCACUGCCAUCUUGCCCACUGGCAGCCCAAGCCUGGACCAGCUGCUGGACUCAGGGCUGUACACAGGGGAAGUGACAGAGCUCAUGGGAGCAGCGGGCACUGGGAAGACGCAGGUGUGCCUGGGCAUUGCAGCCAGUGUGUCCCUGGGGCUCAAGCAGCAUGUCCUGUUUCUCGACUCCACGGGGGGUUUCACUGCCUCCCGUCUCUACCAGAUGCUCCGAGCCCAGACAGAGGAUGAGGAAGAGCAGCUGGAGGCUCUGCAGCGGGUCCAGGUAGAACGUGUGUUCAACAUCUACGAGGUGCUGAGUGCCUUGCAGGAGCUGCGGGAUCGCCUCUGCCAGCAGGUUGUGAGCUCCAUGGGACCUCUCAAGGUGGUGGUGCUGGACUCGGUGUCGGCUGUGAUUUACCCUCUGCUGGGUGGCAGGCAGUCAGAGGGUUUGGCCCUCAUGAUGCAGCUCUCCAGGGAGCUGAAGACCUUGGCCAGGGAGUUCAGCCUUGCUGUUGUGGUGACCAACCAGGUGACAAGGGACAGCAGCACUGGCCCACUGAAGCCAGCCCUCGGCCGCUCCUGGAGUUUCGUGCCCAGCACCCGGGUGCUGCUGGAGAGCAAAGAAGCCACGUGGGAGAAAUCCAGCACACAACGUGCUGCUUCCCUGGCAAAGUCACCCCGGCAGCCAACAGGGAUCCAGGUGGAGCUGGACAUUAGAAAUGGUGACGUGUUGGAACCGAGCCUGGUGACACCCACACAGGGACUCUGAUGGCAUGGAAAAGCAAAUGUCACAAGGUUCAAGAGAGCUGCACAAAAGCAGGCAAGCACUGAAGGUUUUACAAACUGACUGAGAAUCCUGCAGCCCUGGGAAGGAGCAAAAAGAAAAAUCUUUUGUUCUGCCCAAUGGAAAAACUCACUGUGGGGUUCCUUGGAGCCCUCUGUGCCUGCAGUGGCUGGGCUGUGAGGGCAGCAGGACAGCCAGGUUCUGCCCUCUGCUGCAGGCUUGUGUUCACCCCCCAGAGCCAGCCCUGUGCUCAGGUGUUGUUGGGAUCAGCUGCCCUGUCCCUGCACAACCCCACAACUCCUCCUCGUGCUGGUUGAGUUCCCCCCGUGGCUCCCUGCCCUCUGCUCCUGGAGUUCUGCUCAUCCUUGGGCCCACAGUGGGCUUGGUUCAGAAAUAAAAGAAAAAAAAGCUGUUGUACAUUGCUGUGGUUGUUGAGAGCUGGAAUUCAAUUAAUGACAGCUGCUCUGAACUUAAUUAAAAUGUUGAGCAGGACUGAGGAGGGACAGGCUGCUGAUGAGCAGGGACUUAAUGAGAUGCUUGAUCUUCCCUUCUCCCCAGAGUACCACCAAGCCCUGUGGGGACCUGCUGGUGUUUUUGGGGCACAGCUGGACUGUGUAAAGGCUUGCUGAUAACUGAUGGAGGUUCUGAUCUGGAUCAGCUGAGGCAGAUGGGUCCUGGCUGGCACCAGCUGGCCCUGCUGGAUGCUCAAGGACCUAUUCAAUUGCAUGUGGUGAUGUUUAAAAUAAUCUUCCCGUGCUCCAGUGCUUUCCAGCUGCUCUUGUGUGCUCUUGGCAACCUCCUGAGGAGAGGGGAGGCUUGGAUGUGGAGUUUCCUCUUGAUCCCAGAUGUUUCAGAUACCCUCAAUUUAAGAGACUUCCUUGGCAGGUGAGCUGAGCCAUGGCUUGCACUUCAAGGCAGCUGAUGGAGAAUUUGGGGGCUGGGACUAAUUAGGGUAUGCUCAUUAAACUAAUGACACAGCACCACAGCUGCUGGAGCCCUCUAAGGCUGUGCUUGGCACAUUAAAUACAUAAUUUUUA